ACCAAGGACAAGCUGAUUGGAGCUGCGUUUGUUGUGACGGAUCGCAAUGGUGUCAUCUAUUCUGGCUCUGCCGGCCGAACCGGCAUGGAUGUAAACUCACCCAAGUUCGACGCCGAUACCGUCACUUACGGCGCUUCUCUGACCAAGCUGCUCUCCGCGACAUGUCUCAUGCAGCUGGUUGAGCAAGGCAAGCUUUCAUUGGAUUAUGAUGUCCGGAAGCUUGUUCCUGAGGUGCAACAGAUGCAGAUCUUGCGAGGCUUUACUCCCGAGGGGCGGCCAAUACUCGAGGACAAUGAGAGACCCAUCACGCUCAAGCAGCUGAUGCUUCACACAGCUGGUCUCCGUUAUGACGUUGCGGAUUUAGAUCUGCGACGGUGGUCCGAGGCAAUAGGUCGGCCGGUUGGAAGGACGCUACGCCUCAGCAAAGACGGCUACAACGUGCCGCUCUCAUUUCCUCCCGGCGACGGCUGGGCGUAUGGCCCUGCCUUGGAUUGGGCUGGCGUGGCCCUGGAGACGGUAACAGGUCGGCAACUGGGCGAGUACAUGAAGCAACACGUCCUCGACCCCCUGGGGAUGCACGAUACGGGAUUCCGGGUCAACCAGCUCCCCCAUACAGCGGACCGGAGGGCGGAAGUCACGCUUCGUGACGGCAACAACGGCACUCUCUCGCUCUUCGAAGUCGUCCCCAAGGAGCCUGAGAUGGACAGCGCCGGAGCCGGCAUCCACACGACGGCAAACGACUACGCCCGGAUGCUGCGCGCCUUGCUGCAGGCCGAGCCGGGCGUGGUUUCGGGCAAGACGGCCAAGGACAUGUUUGCGCCGCAGCUGGACCCGGCGCAGAGAAGGGUGCUGCAGGAGUUUUGCUACGGGCCUGACUGGAAGCCCGCUUAUAUCCCCGAGUUUCCGGACGGCGUGGAGCUGCAGCAUGGGUUUGGGGGGCUGCUGGCGAUGGGGGACUUGCCGGGGCAGCGGCGGAGGGGAAGUCUCUCCUGGACGGGGGCGGGGAAUGCGCGCUGGUGGAUUGAUCGCGAGUCGGGCAUUGCGGCGGUGCUUGUGGUGGCUGUAUUCCCGUUUGGCGAUGCGGUGGCGUGUAAAUUGUAUACGGACCUGGAAAAGGCGGUUUACGGGGAGCUUGUUAAAUGAAGUUUGAUGGGCGAUGAGUGAAUGUGUGAUGCUGGAGUUGAGGUGAGGAUAUGUUGACUCUACGCUGGUUGAGACUUGCAUUUGGCGCUGUUGUGCCGGGUAAGACAACGAUAUUUGAAGUUGAGAGCUAUGAAUCUAUGAAUAGACAGACUAGAACAUCAAUGGCAUCGAAGCAGAAAAGACUCC